AUGUACGGCGAUUUCAUCACAAAGAAUGCUGGAGCGGUCUCCCAGAUCGAGAGUGCUCUGCGCUCUCUUACAUACAUUGUGCCUGCUCGCUUCAAAGAUGUAGAGCUUGCAUCUGAGUCCAUACACAGUGGUAUCCAGCUUCUAUCACUGUACCAUGACUCGGUACUCGCGCGCGCAGGGGCGCAUCUCCCUGCGCCUGGACCGAAACCAUCACCGCAUUCCCGGUACACAAAGUUUUGGACACAGAAAAGCCCCGGGUACAAGCGACUUGCGUUGAUCGUCACGAUGAUCCAGUACACGGAGCUAUUGUGGGAGAUGUCAGCGAAGAGGCGUGGGCAGAAGAUGAGAUGGAGGACUGUCAUUAUCUUGGAAACGGCAAAAGCCGUCUGCCGACUCCUUCUCCUACGCCUUACAAACUCGCGCCCACUGCUUACACCCCCGCUCCCAGAGCGCGAAGUCGACCCCGCAGCCCUCGAGGAGCAACUUGACCCAGAGUCACCCCCUCCAGAGACAACAUGGCGCAUGCCUCGCACAGGCCUCUCGCUCCCAUCCCUCCCGGCCAGCGGCCAGGUUUCACAGUACCUUUUGACUAAGGUCCUAACCGCCGAGGAUGUCAAGCCGCCGAACCAACUUCUUCACCGCGUGCAAGGAACCGGCUACUUUGCUGAGGUUCUCUACAUUAUUAGGCCAGUUGUAUAUGCGAUUGCAAUGAAGCAAUGGGCGCAUGAUAAGAAAAGCUGGCGACCGUGGCUAGUCGGUGUAUCACUUGAGUACGCCGCUAGGCAGCUGGCGAAGAGGGACUUUGAGUUGACGGUGCCGGGUGGAAUGAAAGGGUUGACUGCGCUUGAGAGGGAGGAGUUGACAAGAAGGGCAUGGUCGAUGGGCUGGUGGGCUAUGAGGGGAGCGUUCUAUGAGAAUGUUUCUGGACCCUGGUUGAAGACUAUAACAUCAAAGCUCGCCGAUAAACCGGUGCUUAAUCUCGUAGCGGGCUUAGUCGACGAUUACCAAUAUUUGUGGGACAACUAUUAUUUCUCGACUGCAACUCUAUAA